GUCAUCUGUCUCUGUUGUCUAGAGCCAUAAUUGAAUGGCUUUUCCGCGCGAUACGUUUGAGAUUUAAAACCAGUUAAACGUAGAAAAAUGUCUGGAAAGGAUGAUGCUCUCGGUGGACGGUUCUGUCUCAGGGAUGGAGGGAUCAUAAAGAGGUUUUAAACAGCUAAAUCCUGACAGAGCUGCAAAGAUGACAGCUGUCAGUUUAUCAGCACCACUUUGUCAACCAUGCGCAUAUGACAGCAGGUUCAAAGUGGAGGUUUAUCUGAAGAAGCCGCUGAGGCCCAUUCACCUGAGCCCAGAGCAGGUAGCACUAGACAUGCUUUGUCUCUGUAGCCAACUCGACCUCCUUGUCAGAGCUCAGGUCCAUCUGGGGCAGUCAAAACGUGACAUGAGUCCUGAGGAAUCGGAAACCUUUCAGAAUCAAGGUGCUGAGAUUGUAGAUCAGAUGAAGCAGUGCCUUGAACACUUGCCCAAACCUGCACCAUUGCUGGAGAACUACAUGGACAUUGCUGGAUUGUCUCUCAUGUUCCCUCGAGUAGAAGUCUACAUAAUCCAUGGAAGUCCUGUGGAUAUGCUGGAGAGACCAGCAUUGGAUGGCUAUUUCCCUCACCUUGUGAGACUAAACCAACUGCUGAGGCUUAGUCAGCAACUAGACAAUGAUGUGAAGGACAUCAGAAGACACAAAUAUAUGGCCCAUCAGCUUGCUGUAGUACAUCAAGUGCUUAACAGCUUCAAAGAUGUAUUGCCAUUGUCAGCUAUAAAGAAAGACAUUGAAGCCAAUUUUAGGCAGAUAAAGAUGUCUUUAGUAGCAGAGGAAGGAUCCGAGCAAGAACCACUCUUACCAGCCCAGUACGUCAGCUUGGUAUCACAAAUAACCCAGAGCCUAAUAUCAGCCAUCUCUUCACUUCCAGAAGAGCUCACUGAGGAAAUCAGUCCAGUCCUGGCAUUUGUCUCUGAGUUGACCUGACAGGAAAAAAAUGGCAUGGUGCAGUAGAUAGGGAGGUGUAUAUGUAUGCUGUCAGUUAGUAAGAUAUUGCAAAAUAUUGCAAUCUUCAUUUUGUUCAUAAAAGUGAAGCAGACCAUGAUGAAUGCUGCAGUUAUUCAGUAGUCAUGCUAAGUUCAAAGGUUUGCGUAUCCUUAGCACAAGAUAUGGUAGCCUAGUGGUUAAGGUGUUGGACUACUGAUCAGAGUACUGAUCAUGAGUUUGAAUCCCAGCUCCACCAAGCUGCCACUGUUGGGCCCCUCAGCAAAGCCCUUAAUGCUCAGUUGUAUAAAUUGAAAUAAAAAAAUUGUAAGUCACUCUGGAGGAAGGUGUCUGUCUUCUAAAUGCUGUAAAUAUAAAUGCACUUAAGCCAGAUACACAUUCCUGCGGUCGAAUCAGGUCUGGAGCCCGAGGGGUUAAUGGCAAAAUUCUAACUAUUUUAAAAAUGUUUUCUUUCACAUUUCUUUUAAAACCUUUUAGAUUUUUGUAGGUAAAUUGUAAAAAAAAAUAAAUGCUAAUUCUUAAUAAAUAAAUAAAUGCUAAUCCCACACGU